UGUAUUUUUCGAAUUUAAAAUGGGGGAACAGGCAGUCGGGAGGGAGAGUGAGAGAACAUAAUAAUAAAUAAAUAAUAUAAAAAUGUUGUAGCAGACAAGACUAUGAGCUGAGCCUGAGCUUUGAGAUUCCCGGUUCAUUUUCCCAGUAAAAUAUUUAAAAAAAAUACACUUUAUUAUUAUUUUUGAAAAAUAAAAAAAGAAGAAGCCCAGAGUGACUAGUUCUUCAGCUUCAAUAAACGAUUAAACAUAACAAUCCAAAAACUGUUUUUUGUUUAGAGUAAAAUACCAUGUUUUUGGAGCCCAAAUAGACUUUCUACUACUGCUACUACCUAGGGCCUAAGAUCAAAAAGAAGCACAAGCUAGUUUCUGAGAUGAGACUGGACUACUCUGAGAGUUCUUGUUACGACGUGGUGUGAAGCUGACCAGAGCAGAAGAAGCCACUGUACAUUUGCUCUUGCGCGUAAGAUUUUACAGUGCUGUUUCAACGCCGGGAAUCUCGGUUUUAUUUGGGCUCUUUCAUGGAUGCUAUGCUUGUGUUUGAGCCCACUUGUAUAGUAUAAUCGUAGUGCUUUUUUAUGUUUUAAUAUUCUGGUGGAAGACAGUGUAGUUUGUCCAUUUGAUAUUAGAUCUGUCUGUAUUGGUUUAGCUUUCAAGAUUUUUGAUCCCAUUAGAGAUGGAAGUUGUAGCCACUAAACCUUUCAAAACCUCCUCAAACAUAUCUGAAAUCGUCUCCAAGUUUGCCAAGGUCUGUAAAUUAAGGUCCAUUGGUGUGUUUGCCUCUGAAAACAAUGCCUCACUUGUUGAUGAUAGCCGGGAUUCGACAGAGGAGACUGGGUUUGAUGGUGAGAAAGUUCAUCCCCAACCUACUGAACUUCUGAGGGAGAACAGUGGUGAAACAGAAAUAGAGAAGUUGUUUGACAUUGUUUCAGCUCUGAAAUCAUCUUAUAUUCGGCUUCAAGAAGCUCACAUUCCCUAUAAUCCCAAGAUGAUUAUAGCUGCUAAUAAACUUGUUGUGGCUGAGCUUGAAGCGCUCUGCAAGAUCAAGCGCGCCUACAAGGAGAAGCAAUUCAGAAAAUCCGAGUCUGAUUUGUCUCACAUUGCUCUCCUGCAGGCAAAAAUUGAAGUAAAUGAGGGGUUUGUUGAAGAAUUGAAGUUCCAAGUGAAAGCUAAAAAUUCUGAGAUCAAACAACUGGCACAAGAGCUGAAAGAAGUAGAUGUUGGCAAUGCAAAACUUGCUGAGAAGAUCAAGCAGAUGAGUGUGGAAAGAAAGUUUGCUGUUGUAUACAACGUCAACACUUUUCAGAAAGCUUUUGCAGCUGCUUCGAAGUCAAUCCAUGAUUUUGCAAAGCCAUUAAUUAGCCUGAUGAAAGCUUCGGGUUGGAAUUUAGAUCUGGCUGCAAAGUCUAUUGGAGAGGAAGCUGUUUACUCAAAAAGGUCUCACAAGAAGUAUGCAUUUGAAGCCUACAUAGGGCGAAGAAUGUUUAGUGGGAUGGCAUUAGAAGGACAUAAUGUGGAUGAUGUCAUGAGGUUUGAUGACCCGAUUGAUGCUUUGAUCAAUGAUCCAGACUCAGAGUUUUCCAGAUUCUGUGGAAAAAAGUACCUGCUUGUUGUUCAUCCAAAGAUGGAAGCAUCAUUUUUUGGGAGUCUAGAUUACAGGACGUUUGUAUUGAGUGGCAAGCAUCCUAGAACACCAUUCUACCAAAUAUUUGUCAAAAUGGCAAAGUGGGUUUGGGUUUUACAAGGCAUUGCAGGAUCAUUAGACCCCAAAGCUAAAGCUUUUGCUGUCAACAGAGGAAGCAAAUUCUCAGAUGUUUAUAUGGAAUCCAUGGUGGAGGAUAAGGAAGGCGCAGCUCAUUUCGUUCAAGCGGAAUCUAAGUGCAGAGUUGAGUUUAUGGUCAUACCUGGCUUUAAAAUUGGAGAAACAUUAUUGAAGUCCCGAGUUUAUCUUUCCAAAGUAGAAUCCCCUCUUGGUAAAUGCUAGAUGGAGGUGCUCUACUGACUGGUAAUUUUGCAGAACCUAAUUGUCUAUUGCUUUGAAAAUGUUUAUAGUUAGCUCCAGCCUCUAGCUACUAAGAGCUGUUAUUGGAGUUUUUUAACUGCAGCUUGUUGAGAUUAUUUGAGUUUAACCCUCAAAGCUGAGAGUAUGUAGUUUCCAAUUGUCAGUUUUUCACAAAUAUAUUGUUCUGGACGGACUGCAUGAAAUCUUCUUUUUUUGAACUGUAAAUAAAUAUUUAGUUAAUUUUGCAAA